GUGGUGAAAAAGGUAGGCCUUUAUCCUCGCGAGGGAUGUAUCGGAUUUCAGAGGCCGUAUCAAGUGCAUCUUCUUUCUUGCAACGCCACAUAGAGGAUCUGACUAGGCGGCGACCCUUAACAACAUUCUGGCUAUAUCCGGAAUAAUGUCUUCCCGUAAAUAUAUCGAUGACUUAACUACCGGUUCAACUUCUACAAGUCUGAUCAACGAUGACUUUGGGAAAUACGCGAAUGGCACGCAAAUAUUCUCUUUCUACGAGACUUUAAGAAUGAACCUGGGAAUUUCGUCAAGUCUGAUUGUAGAGGGGAGCUCAGCUGUCCUUGGUAAAAGCUCACUAAAUUUUAGUGUCACCCCUUUCUUGAAACCCGAGCCACUGACGAAGCUUAUGUGACUUUAGGACCGGGGUUCGCGAAUGAACGUGUUCAGUAUAUGAAUGCUAACCAUCGAGACAUAUGUAAAUUUGAGAACAUGGACGAC